AUGGCAGCGGUUCCUGAUAAGAAAGCAUUUCCAGAAGCUAAUGUAGACAAAGAGCUGAAUCCUGGCCACAACAAAAGAGUCGAGCCUGAUUCCACUUCCUCCAGCAUUGCCGCCUCCCUUGCCAACAAGGAAAAGGAGGAGGCAGAAAAGAAGAAGGCGGGUGGGGCAAAGAAGGAUAGUGGGGAUGGCUUGAAAACAACGGUGAUAAUCUCAGUGAUUUUUGCUGCUAUUGCUGGUGCUGCAUUUGGCAUUGCUAAGAAAUUGCGAGAGAAACAAACCUGA